GAUUUAUGAAUAAUAUCUCAUUGUUUUGUUUUUUUCCUUAGUGCUUGCCCUGUAAUACAGAAAUCUUCCAGAAUGCUGGAGUCCUAUGUUACUCCUAUUCUAAUGAGUUAUGUGAAUCGCUACAUAAAGAAUCUGAAGCCUUCAGAUCUACAGUUGUCACUCUGGGGAGGAGAUGUCGUACUUAGUAAACUUGAAUUAAAGCUAGAUGUGCUUGAACAGGAGCUGAAACUACCAUUUACCUUUUUAAGCGGGCAUAUUCAUGAACUUCGGAUUCAUGUGCCAUGGACAAAAUUGGGAUCAGAGCCAGUUGUUAUCACCAUCAAUACAAUGGAAUGCAUCUUGAAAUUAAAGGACGGGGCUCAGGAAGACCACGAAAGUUGUGGUUCCAGUUCAACAAACCGCAGCACCAUGGAAAGCAUGAAAUCAGCAGUAAAACCACGACGAGUUCAGCAGUCAGCUUCUCCUGACCCUGAUUUACCCCCAGGUUAUGUUCAGAGUCUGAUCAGGCGUGUUGUAAACAAUGUCAACAUUGUGAUCAACAAUCUAAUAUUAAAGUAUGUGGAAGAUGAUAUUGUUCUCUCAGUGAAUAUUACUUCUGCAGAAUGCUAUACAGUGGAUGAGUUUUGGGAUCGAGCAUUUAUGGAUAUCUCUGCCACUGAUCUGGUACUGAGGAAGAUGAUCAACUUUUCUGACUGCACAGUAUGUCUUGAUAAGAGAAAUGCUAGUGGUAAAAUUGAAUUUUACCAGGAACCUCUGCUGUACAAAUGUUCCUUCAGGACUCGUCUGCAUUUUACUUACGAUAACCUCAACUCCAAAAUGCCAUCUAUUAUUAAAAUUCACACAUUAGUUGAAAGUUUGAAACUUUCAAUCUCUGAUCAGCAGCUUCCUAUGUUCAUACGUAUAAUGCAACUUGGGAUUGCUCUUUAUUAUGGAGAAAUAGGCAACUUCAAAGAUGGGGAAAGCGAAGAUUUGAUUAGCCACACUAAAGAUAUGUUGGGAAAUAUCACAGGUGCGGAAGAUGAAACAAGCUCAGUAAUGCAAUAUCCUACGCAGUAUAUUAAUCAAGAUCCUUACUUACAUCAAGAUGAUGACCAGCAACAAGGAUGGGUUUCUUGGGCUUGGUCUUUUGUUCCUGCUAUCGUGAGUUAUGAUGAUGAAGAGAAUGAUUCUGCUGGAACUGAUGAUGGAACAAUGCUGCAUCAGCAGAAAUCUCAAUCCCUCAAGGAUCCUAUUGUUUCAGUUGGGUUUUAUUGUACAAAGGCAACAGUAACUUUUAAGCUCACUGAAAUGCAAGCUGAAAGUAGUUAUUACAGCCCUCAGAAAGUUAAAUCCAAAGAAGUUUUAUGCUGGGAACAAGAAGGAACCACAGUUGAGGUCCUUAUGAAAGGUGAACUUUUCUUUGAUUGCCAAAUAGGUUUUGUUGGUUGCCAAGCUAUGUGCCUUAAAGGAAUUAUGGGAAUUAAGGAUUUUGAAGAGAACAUGACUAGGAGCGAUGAAGAGGCCUACUUCUUUAAUUGCGGUGAAAAUUUGAGUGCAAAAGGGAUGACCUACCUUACCAACUCACUAUUUGAUUACAGAAGUCCAGAAAAUAAUAGUAUUCGUGCAGAAUUUAUAUUGGAUGCUGCUCAUCAUAAGGAGGCGUACACAGAGAUAGCUGGAAUGCAGAGGUUUGGGGCUUUCUACAUGGAUUACUUGUACACAAUGGAAAGCACCGGUGGCAAAGUUUCUGGGAAUCAGCAAGACAUUUCUUCAGCAAAGAGUGAAGAUUUUGGAAAUGUUCAGGAGAUGUCUACAAAAUGCCUCAUUGUGGGCCCACUCAGUCUUCGACUGGACAGCAGUGCAGUACAUCGGAUAAUGAAAAUGAUAGUUUGUGCUCUGGAACAUGAAUACGAGCCAUACAGCAGAACUAAGCCAGAUAUUGUGGAUGGAAAUAGAGCUAUACCAAGUUCAGAAGAGGUAGCAUCAUUGGAGGAAUACAUUCCCACUCGACUUACAACGUUCACUGUUCUUAAGUGUACAAUUAUAAUCCCUGUGGCAGAAUUCAAUUUACUAGACCACUUGAUACCAAUAAUCAUGGGUGAGAAGAAUGUAAGUGGCCAGUUAAAUGCUGCAAGCUUCCAGCCCCUGCGGCCUUUACCUUCCAUCCGAAUUUUGGUGGAUAAGGUUAACCUGGAGCACUCAGUGCCGAUGUAUGCCGAGCAAUUGGUGCAUAAGGUCAGCAGCCUUGGCCAACCGUCUGACAACCUGCUCCAUUACUGUUACUCACACUGCUAUCUGAAGAUAUUUGGUUUUCAAGCAGCACUGACUUCUUUGGACAGUAAAGGAUUGUACUGCAUCCCUGUUCCGGUUAUUCCCUCAUUCAGUACUGCGGUUUAUGGCAAGCUGGUCAAGUUUCCCAAAUAUUGGACCAAGCGAACUCAUGUCCCGCUAAGAGAAUGCAUAUUUGAACUUCCUAAUUUGACAGUUCAAGCAACUAGAGCUCAAACACUUCUGCUUCAAACUGUUUAUCAGAGCUGGUGUCAUCCUGUUGGAAACAUCAGUUCGGUGGUGGUAAAUGAAGCUUUACUGAGUGAGGUUUUCCAAACUUCAGGUGUGAAAUCUAAGAAUCCCCUGCCAACUCUUGAGGGCUCAAUCCAGAAUGUUGAAUUGAAGUACUGCGGCACAUCAUUGGUCAAAUGCGCCUCUGGGACCGUGGGAUCAAUAAAAAUUUGUGCCAAAGCCCCAGGUGAUGGUGGAAAAGAUAAGCUGAUUCCUUUAAUUCAAGGCCCUUCUGACACGAGAGACUUGCAUAGCAGUAAAUGGCUCAAUGAGAGUAGAAAGCCGGAAUCUCUCUUAGCUCCAGAUUUGGUAGCCUUUACAGUCCAAAUUCCACAGUAUAUGGACUACUGCCAUAAUUCUGGUGCAGUGCUCUUGUCCAGUAUACAAGGAUUAGCAAUUAACAUCGAUCCAGUCUUGCAUACUUGGCUUACCUACCAACCUCAGAAACGAGCUGGUAGACACAUUCAGCAGCAGUCUGUAGGAACUGUUCCGCUGGGUGUGUCAGCAACUCGGAAAAAAGAGGAUGAAGCAUCAGUUGGAAGUGCACCUUUGGCAAGGCAGCAGUCAAAUCAAGCCUCUGAGUAUGCCAGCAGUCCUGUCAAAACAAAAACAGUAACCGAAUCUCGUCCUUUGUCACUUCCUGUGAAAACCAUGCUGAACUCAUCUGAAAGCUGCAGAAGUCCUGAAGAAAGAAUGAAGGAAUUUAUUGGAAUAGUGUGGAAUGCAGUUAAGUGCCUUACACUUCAGCUUGAAGUGCAAUCUUGUUGUGUAUUCCUUCCGAAUGACAGCUUGCCUUCCCCAAGUACAAUUGUAUCGGGUGACAUUCCUGGGACUGUGCGAAGCUGGUACCAUGGGCAGACCAGUAUGCCUGGCAUACUUGUCAUCUGCUUGCCCCAGAUAAAGAUUAUGAGUGCUGGACACAAACACAUGGAACCAUUGCAGGAAAUCCCAUUUGUUGUGCUGAGACCAAUCCUGGAAGAAGGUGAUGCUUUUCCAUGGACUAUUAGUCUGCAUCAUUUCAGUAUAUAUACUCUUCUUGGGCAACAGAUGACACUUAAUUUAGUGGAACCAAUGGGCUGUACUUCUACUUUAGCUGUCACUUCACAGAAACUGCUUGCUUCGGGGCCAGAAUCCAGACACUCAUUUGUUGUCUGCCUCCAUGUCGACCUUGAGUCCCUUGAAAUAAAAUGCUCCAACCCCCAGGUGCAACUUCUGUAUGAACUGGCUGAGAUCACAACUAAAGUUUGGAAUAAAAUUCAGAGGAAAGGAAUUCUCUAUCAAUCAUCUGUGUAUACUGAAACCAUGACAGGACCUGCUCCUCCUAGCUCUCCAGUUAAAAGUAGUGUUGGAACCGCUCCACCAGAUACCAGCACGUACAGCCCAUCAGCUGAUAUUGGGACCACUACAGAGGGUGAUUCUCUUCAGGGUGGUGAUGAUUCUCCAUUCUCAGACUCCAUUACACUGGAACAAACAACAAGUAAUAUCGGAGUCUCAAGUGGACGUGUCAGCCUAUGGAUGCAGUGGAUGUUGCCAAAAAUUACUAUAAAAUUGUUUGCUCGUGAUCCUAGAAAUAAUGGCACAGAAGUUUGUGUUGUCAGUGAAGUAGAAGAUCUCAGUGCCUCAGUGGAUAUGCAGGAUGUCUAUACCAAAAUCAAAUGUAAAAUAGAAAGCUUCAAUAUUGACCAUUACAGAAACAGUCUUGGGGAAGAUUCUUGGUCUCUGGGGCAAUAUGGAGGUGUGUUCCUUUCCUGUACUGACAAGCUGAACAGACGUACUUUGUUGGUUCGACCCAUCAGCAAGCAGGACCCUUUCAGUAACUUCUCUGGCUUCUUUCCCUCUACAACUGCAAAACUUUUAGAUGGCUCACACCAGCAACAUGGAUUUCUUUCUCUCACUUACACCAAAGCUGUGACAAAAAAUGUCCGACACAAACUGAUAUCAAGAAAUGAACGACGAACAUUCCAUAAACUAUCAGAAGGUCACACUGAUGGCUCUCCUCACUUCCUCCAUGAGAUCCUUCUCUCUGCUCAGGCCUUUGAUGUGGUCCUCUGUUUUCCUUUGCUUAAUGCGAUUGCAAGCAUUUUUCAAGCCAGGUUUGCAAGGAGUCAAAAAGAGAAAAGAAAAUCACCAGGCCAGCCUAUGAGGACUCAUGCUCUAACUUCCCGCAACUUGCCUCUGAUUUACAUUAACACUGGUGUAAUAAGAGUCUUCUUUCCCAAAAAUGAGGAAGAUCGUCACACUGCUGAAGCUAAUCCAGCAAUUAAAGAAGACACUUUGGUUCUCAAGAUUGGAUCUGUGUCUAUGGCUCCUCAGGCUGACAACCCUCUUAGUAGAGCUGUGCUCAGAAAAGACAUUUACCAAAAAGCACUGAAUCUAGGAAUACUUCGAGACCCUGGAUCAGAGGUUGAAGACAGACAGUACCAAAUAGAUCUUCAGUCUAUAAACAUUGGUACUGCUCAUUGGAAUCAGUUGAAACCAGAGAAGGAAAAUGGAAAAGGAGGGGUUUUGACAGAGAGUGAAAGAAAUUCUCAAAAUCCAGCACUUGAAUGGAACAUGGCCAGCAGCAUAAGGCGGCAUCAGGAAAGGAGAGCGAUUUUGACUCCAAUUCUGACAGAUUUCACAGUUCGAAUAACAGCAGCUCCUGCAAUUAUUUUUACAAAAAUUGAUGCUGCAGAGAAUUUACACCAAGAGGAAAUUUUGGUGUGUGGUCAUUCUUUGGAGGUAAAUGUAACAACAAACCUGGAUUUCUUCCUGAAUGUAGCUCAAGUACAACUUCUUCAGCAGCUGGUACAAGCCAAUAUGGUUGGACUGGAACCUUCCAGUAGUACCACUGAGGUUUCCAAACAAGAGCAGAAAAAAAUGGAUGUGUCUGAUGGAGGAACAGUUGAGACCUUAUCCCGUUAUAGCGGGGCACAGGACAGUGGGAUUGGCAGUGACAGUGUUAAGAUCAGAAUCAUUCAGAUCGAGCAGCAGAGUGGUACCAGCCAGCACCGCAUUGCCCGUCCUUCCCACCAGUCUUCCAUCGUGAAGAACCUCAAUUUCAUUCCUUUUGACAUUUUUGUUACAGCAAGUCGAAUCUCUUUGAUGACUUACUCAUGCAUUGCCUUACCUAAAUCAAAGUCAGUACAAGAUCAGAAAGAUGGAGAGAAAAUAAGCAAAAGCUCCUUGAACCUUCCAAAAGCGGGCUCGGGUGGCAACCAUGAUACCAAGAAGUCCAGUCAGCCAUCUAUUUCCUCCAUCACAGCAGACGAUCUUUUGAACAGUAAUGUUCCCCUGUCUGCUGGGAGAAAGAGAGGUCUUUUGUCACUGGAAAGUCUGCAUGCUUCUACAAGAUCGUCUGCUCGACAAGCCCUGGGUAUAACUAUUGUUCGGCAGCCUGGUCGGAGAGGAGCUGGGGACAUAGAGCUACAGCCAUUUCUCUACCUCAUCAUUUCACAGCCCUCUGUGCUACUGAGCUGCCACCACAGAAAGCAAAAGGUAGAAAUAUCAGUGUUCGAUGCUGGUCUUAAAGGAGUAGCCUCAGACUACAAGUCCACAGAUCCUGGGAAGACUCUACCGGAAGCUCUGGAUUAUUGCAAGAUCUGGUUGCAAACAGUAGCAGGAGAGGCAGAUGCUAAAAGUGGUAUUCCUCCACCUCUUAUCACUGUGCAAAUCAAAGACUUCCUUAAUGGACCAGCUGACAUAAAUGUGGACAUAUCAAAACCUUUGAAAGCAAAUCUCAGUUUUGCCAGACUUGAUCAAAUAAACCAGUUUUUGAAGAAAAUCAUAACCACAAAUGAUGAUGAACCCAGGAAGGAGGCUGACCCAUCAGCUGGCAUUAUUCCAGACGAGAAUGGCUCUUCAAUAACCAGAAAUCCCGGUACAAGGGAUGUGCUACCUGCAGUGCACACCCAUGCUGUGCAGAAAGCUUCACUACAAGAAAAGUUAUGGCAAGCCCUUUCCUGCUUCCAGAAAAUUUCUAUUCACACCGUUCAAAUGGUUGUUUCGAUGGAAACCAUCCCGCAUCCCUGUAAACCUUGUUUGUUACUCUCCGUAUCAAACCUCAGAGGGAGCCUGAAUGUUAAAAGUGGACAUAAAACUGCAGGAAUCCAUGGAUCGUCUUUCGUCCUUGACAUAAAAGAUUUCCUACUUAAAACAAGUCUCAAAGAAAGAGCCAGGUCUCUGGUGGGCCCUUUCUGCUGCUCAGUUAAUGUGGAAGCCAAGUGGUGUAAACACAGUGGUGAUCCUGGCCCGGAGCAGUCUAUUCCAAAAAUAUACAUCGAUCUGAGAGGAGGACUGCUGCAGGUUUUCUGGGGUCAGGAGCAUUUGAACUGUUUAGUUCUUCUCCAGGACCUUCUGUGGCAGUACCUCAAUAAAAAGGGCAGUGUAGAAAAAUUGAUACCUAAGCAUACACACCCCACGUGUUUUUCUAUGGAAAGGAAUCAGGCCUCAAAAACUGAGCAUACCUUGGAUGAUCUGAGAACUGGCCUGUUCCAGUAUAUACAAGAUGCAGAAGCACAAAAACUGCCUGGUGCCUACGAAGUUGUGUUUUACAGUGAAACUGAGGAUAGUCCAGGGAUGAUGCUGUGGAGGUAUCCAGAACCCAGAGUGCUCACUCUUGUAAGAAUUAACCCUGUUCCUUUUAAUACCACUGAAGACCCAGAUAUUAGCAUUGCUGACCUUGGAGAUGUUCUUCAGAUUCCUUGCAGCUUGGAGUAUUGGGAUGAGCUUCAGAAAUCAUUUGUUGCAUUCCGGGAAUUCAAUCUGUCAGAAAGCAAAGUCUGUGAACUACAGCUACCAAGUAUCAACCUUGUGAAUGAUCAGAAAGAACUCAUAGCCUCCGACCUGUGGAGGAUUGUCCUGAAUAGCAGUCAGAAUGUGGCUGAUGACCAAAGCUCAGAAAGUGAAUCUGGCUCACAAAGUGCAUGGGAUCAGCUUGUGACUCCCACAGCAUUAGCAGCCUGUACCAGGGUUGACUCCUGUUUUACUCCUUGGUUUGUGCCAUCACUGAGUGUGUCGAUCCAAUUUACCUAUGUGGAAGUCCACCUCUGCCAUCAUCUUGAUCAACUAGGCACAGCACCACCAAAGUUUCUUCAGCCAUUUUCAUCUGAUAAGAACAUGCCGUCUGAACUAGAAUACAUGAUAAUUUCCUUUGUUGAGCCUCAUGUAUAUCUUCGUCAGUGGAGCGAUGAGUUAGUGUUCCAGGAGAUCCAGUUUUCAACUCGAGCCGACUGUAAACUUCUGGAGUGCCGAAACAUGACUAUGCAGAGUGUUGUGAAACCUUUCAAAAUCUGGGGGCAGAUUGCUAUUUCCAGCAGCACAGUAGGAAGGCUCUUGGACUGCACAAUAAUGGUGGACCCCGUUUUCAUCAACUUUGGCCAAUAUGCACUUCAUUCUCUAAAUACAGCAAUUCAAGCUUGGCAGCAGAACCAAUGCCCUGAGGCAGAGGAGUUGGUCUUCAGCCAUUUUGUGAUCUGUAAUGACACACAAGAGACACUGAGGUUUGGCCAGGUGGAUACUGAUGAAAAUAUUUUGCUGGCUAGUCUCCACAGUCACCAGUACAGCUGGCGCUCUCACAAGUCCCCACAGCUGUUACACAUCUGUAUUGAAGGCUGGGGAAACUGGCGGUGGUCUGAACCAUUCAGUGUGGACAAUACAGGGACCUUUAUUCGUACCAUUCAGUACAAGGGCCGGACAGCAUCACUUAUUAUCAAAGUUCAGCAGCUCAGUGGAGUGCAAAAGCAAAUCCUAAUCUGUGGAAGGCAGACUGUCUGUAGUUACCUUUCCGAAAGUAUUGAACUGAAAGUGGUUCAGCAUUACAUUAGCCAGGAUGGACAGGCCAUAGUAAAAGAACACAUCAACUGCCUCGCAGCCAAGCAGAAGUUGCCUUCAUAUGUCCUAGAAAAUAAUGAGCUUACUGAACUGAGUGUGAAAGCUACAGGAGAUGAAGACUGGUCCCGAGAUGUAUGUCUAAGUUCUAAACAUACAGAACACAGCACUGUCAUUCAGGUACCAUCUUCAGAGAGUUCAAUUACAUAUGUGUGGUGCACCAUUUUGACUUUAGAGCCCAACUCUAAUGCACAGCAACGAUUAAUUGUUUUCAGCCCUCUUUUCAUUGUAAGGAGCCAUCUUCCAGACCCAAUUAUCAUACAUUUAGAGAAAAGAAGUCUGGGACUGAAUGAAACACAAGUGAUUCCAGGGAAAGGGCAGGAGAAAGCACUGCAAAAUAUAGAACCUGAUCUUACACACCACCUGACAUUUCAAGCCAGGGAGGAAGAUGAUCCAUCAGAGUGUGCAGUCCCUAUUUCAACCACGCUAAUUAAACAGAUAGCGACUAAAUCCCAUGCAGGUGGCAAUGUCAACCAAAUACUGUCCGAGUUCUAUGGCGCCACUAAUCCUCCACAGCCUACAUGGCCAUAUAAUAGGAAGGAUUCAGACGGCAAUGAGCAACUCUCCCAGUGGGAUAGCCCAAUGCGGGUAAAGCUGUCGGUGUGGAAACCGUGUGUUAAAACUCUGUUGAUUGAACUUCUGCCCUGGGCUUUGCUUAUCAAUCAGUCCAGGUGGGACCUGUGGCUGUUUGAAGGAGAGAAGAUUGUUCUUCAAGUACCUACUGGGAAAAUAAUUAUACCUCCCAACUUUGAGGAAGCUUUUCAGGUUGGAAUAUACUGGGCAAACACUAAUACUGUGCACAAAUCAGUGGCAAUUAAACUGGUUCAUAAUGUGACCUCCCCAAAAUGGAAGGAUGCCGAUAAUGGGGAAGUAGUAACAUUGGAUGAAGAAGGUUUUGUUGAAGCUGAGAUAAAACUUGGUGCUUUUCCAGGUCAUCAAAAGUUGUGUCAGUUCUGCAUUUCUUCAAUGGUUCGACAAGGUAUACAAAUUUUACAAAUAGAAGAUAAGACAACAGUGAUCAAUAGUACACCAUAUCAAAUCUAUUAUAGGCCACAGCUUUCAAUUUCCAAAACCCACUCAGGAGAAGAGGACUUCCAUUCACCAGACAGUACGGUGUUCAGCAUCAGUCCAGCUGGGGCACCACCUAGUGAGGUGCUGAGUGCUGUGCCCUGCUGGGACCUGAUGUCAGACACCACUCCCUUAACUUCAGGGGUGCCUCUUACUGAAAAACGCAUGCUGCUGAGUUUCAGUCCAGGCGGCUGUGCAGGGAGCUGUGAGCUGUGGAGUCUACCAGCUGUCAUUAAACAAGAGUUCGCUAGACAGAGCGUGGCAGUGCCCACAGGGGUCUUUAGUGAAAGUGGAUUUUGUACCAGAGCUAUAGCCCUCACUUACCAAGAGCAUCUUGGUGUGACGUACCUAACACUUACAGAAGAUCCUAGCCCUCGUAUAAUUAUUCACAAUAGGUGCUCUGUUCCAUUGCUUGUAAAAGAAAACUUCAAAGAUACACCAAAGUUUGAAGUUUAUUGUAGAAGGAUUCCAGCUGAAUGUUCAGUUCAUCAUGAACUUUACCAUCAAGUCUCCAGCUAUCCAGAUUGCAAAACAAGAGAUUUGUUGCCCAGCAUUCUUCUGAAAGUGGUGUCAUAUGAUGAAUUAGUAAAUGAAUGGAGUGAUUUUGUGGAUAUCAACAAUCAAGGAACACAGAUUGUGUUCUUAACUGGCUUUGGCUAUGUUUAUGUGGACAUUGCCCAUCAGUGUGGAACAAUAGUCAUAACCUUGGCCCCAGAAGGAAGAGCAGGACCUGUCGAGAUCAACCUCAACAGAAGUCAAGAGCAGACCCUAUCACUGAAAAUGUUCAUCGGUCAGUUGAGUCUUGCUGCCUUUGAUGAUAUUACAAACCACAAAGUGUCAUCUGAACUUCUGCGUCUCACAGCAGACCACAUGUUCCUCCACAUGGCUCCAGCCAACAGCUACCUGAGACCCCUAUCGCAGGAGUUCCAGUGGGACGCCAUGGAAGGCCUCCCCCAGUUUCAUAGUCUCCAAGUGUAUUGUGAAGACUUGCAACUAGACAAUCAGUUGUACAGCAAGUCCAAUUUCCAUUUUGCAGUCCUGCUGUGCCAAGGAGAAAAAAAUGAGACUGUGCAGUGGUCCAGAGUGAGCAACCUCACUGUUUGUAACAAAGAUUUGGAAAGCUAUAAAGAAAGCUGUUUUAUAAAACUCUGCAUUGCUUUUUCUGAGGAAGAGAAUUUCAUGUUUCACAUAAAUGACCUCAGCUUUGAGCUCAAACCAGCUAGGCUGUAUGUGGAAGACACCUUUGUUUACUACAUUAAGACUUUAUUUGAUACAUAUCUUCCAGAAAACAAAACCACUUUUCAAUCCAUGCAUACUUCAGAUACUACCCUGGUGCUGCCUGAACAAGUGAGAGAGCAUGCAAGAGCUUUGGUCAAGCCAGUGAAGCUAAGAAAAUUAACAAUACAACCUGUUAAUCUCCUUGUCAGUAUUCAUGCUUCACUGAAACUGUAUAUAGCCUCAGAUCACACCCCUCUCUCUUUCUCUGUGUUUGAGCGAGGACCCAUCUUCACCACUGCCAGGCAACUUGUCCAUGCCUUGGCCAUGCAUUAUGCUGCUGGAGCACUUUUCCGAGCAGGCUGGGUUGUCGGAUCGUUGGAAAUUCUUGGGAGCCCGGCUAGCCUGGUGAGAAGUAUAGGGAAUGGCAUAGCCGAUUUCUUUAGGCUCCCCUAUGAAGGGCUGACCAGAGGCCCGGGAGCAUUUGUCAGUGGAGUUUCCAGAGGAACAACAUCAUUUGUAAAACACAUUUCCAAAGGUACACUGACAUCAAUUACCAAUCUGGCAACAAGUCUUGCUCGGAAUAUGGAUAGGCUGUCACUGGAUGAGGAGCAUUACAACAGACAAGAAGAAUGGAGAAGGCAGCUUCCAGAGAGCCUGGGAGAAGGACUGAGACAGGGGCUCUCUCGUUUAGGCAUUAGCCUUCUAGGUGCAAUUGCUGGGAUUGUGGAUCAGCCGAUGCAGAAUUUUCAGCGAGUGUCUGAGGCCCAGGCUUCAGCUGGGCAUAAAGCCAGAGGGGUCAUCUCGGGUGUGGGGAAAGGAAUCAUGGGGGUCUUCACAAAGCCCAUCGGAGGAGCAGCUGAGCUCGUCUCCCAGACAGGUUACGGUAUUUUGCAUGGAGCUGGACUUUCUCAGCUUCCCAAGCAGCGCUCUCAUCCAGAUGAUCAACGUGUUGAGCAGGCUCCAAAUAGCCACGUCAAAUAUGUCUGGAAAAUGCUGCAAUCUCUGGGAAAGCCAGAGGUCCAUAUGGCCUUAGACGUCAUGAUUGUGAGUGGAUCAGGCCAGCAGCAUGAAGGCUGCUUGCUGCUCACCUCAGAGGUACUCUUUGUGGUCAGCAUCAGUGAAGACACGCAGCAGCAGGCAUUCCCCGUGACUGAAAUAGAUUGUCUGGAAGAUGAUCAGCAAAAAGAUGUGCUGAAGGUGCAGCUGAAACAACAGCGAGUGCCUUCUGAAUUGGAGGCAGAUGGAGCUAGAGAGAGACUAUCAGAACAACAAUACAACCGCCUUGUGGAGUACAUCACAAAGACAUCGUAUCACCUCGCUCCCAGCACCUCAACACUGCCAGCGUUGCAGACCGUGGCUAUUGAACACCUUCCAACUACAAUGAAAACAUACCAAUAUGUAGUUGAUCCAAAUUUUGCCCAAGUAUUCAUUAGCAAAUUCACCAUGGUGAAAAAUAAAGCCUUGAGAAAAGGAUUUAAUUAAUAACAAUUGUGAUUGUUUUACAGUUUGUGAGAAAAAAAAAAAGACUCUUUCUGGGCAGAGUUUGAUUACUUUAUAAACCAAAUAUGAUUAUGGCAGUUUUAAAACCCAAAAGCUUACUUAGUGUUCAACUAUGUGUCUUACUUUUCCCCUCUUUUCUAUGUACUUAUGGACAUGAAUUUUGUAUGGGGAUUCCUGAACAUGGCCAGAAUUGGAGACAAGAACUGGAAUAAAAGCCGAUCAUCAUUUGAAGCAGAUGCAUAUGCUUUAUAGUUAAUAACUUCUAUGCAUACUUGAUACGACCAAAUGCACAGUGAAUUAGUAACUGCAAUGUUUUUCUCAUGAGUUCUGUUUUGUUAAAGGGUAUUUGUAAAAGCCAUGUCUCUCGUGUACCGAAAAUACAGAAGCCUGGGAUCUGCAUCGCCCUUUUCUGACUGUGAAAUAAGCCCAUCCAUUAUCAACAUUUCAUACAGUGAUUUAAUAACUUAUUCAUUGUUGAAAUAAUGCUGUUUAAAAAAAUGUAUGUAUAUACGCACACAUGCUUAAUUCCUAAAUAUUUUAUGGAAAUAGUUUAAUACUUCUAAUUUUGCAUAUUGGUGGACAAAUUGUAAUAUAAUGAGAUUGUUUAGAGAUAAUAAAGCUAUUCCUAUAAUA